CUGGAUCUGAGCUGCGCAUCCGUGUGGAUGCAUCUCGCGCCUUAUUGUCAUUCACUCCGCGUUCACGUGCUCGUGUGCAUGUGGACGCGCUUCGCAUUUCGAUUCGAUUUCUGCAUUUCGACGUGACUUAGAUUCGAUCUUUUAUUCGCAAAACAGCAGUCCCGACGGAGAUGACUGAGGGUGCCCGGACACCCUACAAUCCCUCAAGUCUCGAGUCCUGAGGACGCGGACGCGCCGCGCGCGCGGUGUGGGAGGAUGCUGCCUCGCUGAGGAUCGGGACACAUGGCUGUGAUGCUCCAGGAUCGUCUUCUUCUUCAUCAUGUCUCCAGCAGCUCCGGUGACGGACAGCAGUGCUGUUGAUGUCCUCCACGAGCAGACGGACGCGCCGCGGGAAUCGCAGCGUCCAGUGAAGCAGUCUUUGAGCAAGUCCCUGUGUCGCGACUCACACUGGAAAUGCCUCCUCCUGUCACUGCUGAUGUACUGCUGCGUGAUCGCGAUGACCUGGUGUCAGUUCACGAAGAUCACGCGCCUCACCUUCGACAGCGCUUUCAAGGGAAAGUCCAUGCUGUAUCACGACAGUCCCUGUUCUAACGGCUACAUCUACAUCCCGGUGGCUUUCCUCAUCAUGCUCUAUAUGGUUUAUAUGGUGGAGUGUUGGCACUGCUUCUCGCGCAACAAACUCCAGUUUAAAGUAGAUCUGGAGAGCGUCGCCGAGCGCGUGCAACGCAUGCAACAAGCCACGCCGUGCAUCUGGUGGAAGGCUAUAAGCUACCAUUACAUACGCCGGACGAGACAAGUGACGCGGUAUCGCAACGGCGACGCCUACACGACCACGCAGGUUUACCACGAGCGCGUCAACACGCACGUCGCGGAGGCCGAGUUCGAUUACGGGAACUGUGGGGUUAAAGACAUCUCGAGACACCUCACAGGACUCGAAGGCUUUCCGGUGACUAAGCUGCGCUUCACGAAGUGCUUCAGUUUCGCUAAUGUCGAAUCCGAGAACUCCUAUUUGACGCAAAGAGCGCAGUUCUUCACCGAGAACGAAGGAUUGGACGAUUAUAUGGAAGCGCGUGAAGGGAUGCAUCUAAAAAACGUGGAGUUUAAGGAAUACAUGCUUGCCUUCGCUGAUCCGGAUGGCUUGCCUUGGUAUGCGUCGCAGUGUAGCUUCUGGUUAGCGGCGGUGUUGACUUUAUCCUGGCCGUUGCGGGUCUGGACGGAGUACCGCACGGCGUAUGUUCACUACCACGUGGAGAAGCUUUUCGGGUUCGACUAUGUCGCUGUUACGCCUCUGGAUGAGCGUCCGUUUUGUCGUCACAUCCCGAGGGUCAACACCAUCGACAGCACGGAGCUCGAGUGGCACAUUCGCUCCAACCAACAGCUGGUUCCCAGUUACUCCGAAGCUGUUCUUAUGGAUCUGGCGCAGCAGUCCAGCUGCAACACGUUUUCGCCGCGUGGCAUCGGUGCGGCCGGCGGAAACGGCUUCGGUGGAUAUCGGCAGAACUGUGAACGCUGCCAUCGGUCUAUAAGCAGCUCGUCGAUCUUCUCGCGCAGCGCGUUGAGCAUCUGCAACAGCAGCAGUCCGCGUUUGCCGCGUUUGCCUUUCAGCGGCAGCCGUUUGUCUCUAGGCCGUUUGUACGGCUCGCGCCGCAGCUGUCUUUGGAGAAGUCACAGUAGUAGCCUGAACGAUCCCAGAUGUCCGACGGAAAGCACGCGAUGCCUGGCUGAUCAGUCGGCCAAUGAGGAGAGCCCACCUUCGCCGCCGGCCUAUCAGGACGCGCUGUAUUUUCCCGUACUGAUUAUUCACCGCAACGAGGGCUGCGUCGGUCACGAUCACCAUUCGCUGCACCGUAACGCAUCCUGCGUGGAGACUUCGUUAUAGCGUUAGCAUAAGGACAAUAACACAAACCUGGUUUUCAAGUAUUUGCAAAAUGAAGAGACUGGUACAGAAAUGUUUGUAAGAAUCUCUGUUAAUGUGCAUAAGCACGUAACUCUGAAUGGCACAUGAUUGCAUUUAUAAUCACAAAUGCAUUCAGACUUUUGUCGUUGUAUGUACACACACGUGAUGCACCAUAUUCAGUUUCUUCAACAAGGACAACAUCUGCCAAACUGCUUCUUACUUUGCAUUUGUAAUCAUCAUGAAAUGGCAUCAUUUCAACACAUUUUCACGUAAAACAUCAUAUUCUAAGAGAAUACAUUAAAUGCAUGUAAAACUUUACGCAUGGAGAAUUGGCUAGAAUCAUGAAAAAUGGUUUGAUGUCAAAGGAUUAGUUCACUUCCGGAAUAAAAACAAAUCUUGAUCAUUUACUCACCCCCAUCUAGGAUGCUCAAAACAAGCAUUUGGGGUUAAAAAAUGUAUUUUAUUUUUAGAAAAUGAGCGAUGGUUUUUUUAAAUGAGUAAAUUAUCAGAACAUUUUUAUUCUGGAAGUGAACUACUCUUUUAAGGGUUGAAAAAUAAAAUGAAAUCCAAAUCAUCAGCAAGACAAGAACAUUUCAUCUAACGUUUUUCUUUGCAGUAACAUGCACCGACAAAUCAUUCACUAACACACAGAAAGUACUUUUUUUUUUCUCCUUGAUAAUUCAGAAAAGUUAGUUUCUGUGCUAAAUGUAAUAAUCUUUAUUUUUUUUUAUAUAUAGAAAAAAAAGUAAUAUUUUCCUGGUAAAAAUGUAAAACUUGUUUAGGUCAGGAAAGGUGGUUGGAGAUUUAGGCUUAAAAAACAUGUCAUGCAUAUCAUGUAACGUGCAUUGACAAAUCAUUCACAUUAUUAAUUUUGUUAAUUUGAGUUCAUGUUGACUUUGCAAAUUUGAAAUUGAUAAAAUCAAUAUUGCUUGAUAGCAAAACAGAAACGAUUCAGUAAAAAACUAUUCAUAUACACAUUUUCUUCUGAUCUAUUUAUGGCAACGGUGUCAGUGCUAUGAAAUAUUUAAUACAUGUAGCCGAAAGGACAUGAGAACCUCAAACAAAAUACAUAAUCUUUGAAAAUCCUGCUUCAUAUUAAAUAAACAUUAUCUUCUCUAUGUAAGAUAAUAUUUAGGUAGGAUCAAACUAAAGCAUUCCAGUUGUUUUUAUAUGUUUUUUUUAUUUUAUUUCUUGCAACUACCUCUUAUUUUUACAGGAGUGUAAGUGCCUCAGACUGUUAUUUUAGUGUUCGUGUUUAAUUAUUUAAAAGCUUUGGUGUUGACAUCGCAUUUAUGUGUUGCUGUGAAAAGAAAAAUCAUUGCGCAUUAAGAUCAGUUUUCACCAAAAAUAGAAAAAAGCAGGACUGAAAAUAAAAAGUGGUGUUCAAAAUGAAUUUGCUAAAUUAGUCUCAUAAAUAAAGAUGUUCCUGUUUCAUCAAAACCGGAAACUAAUAUUAUAAUCUACCAAGCCAAGGGAAAAUAUUGGCUGCAGUAUAUUGAUAUAUCUUUGAUUUGAAUAAUCUUUACUUUUCCAAAGUCUUUCAUCCUUUAAAACAUUCCAGAAUACAUAUGAUCAUUUCAUAAAAUCAUUAAAAUCACAAGAUUUACCAUUUGUUUCUCAUUUAGAAUUUUAUUAAAACGUAAUUUUUUUUAACAAUUUCCUUUUAUUAGGGAUUUAAUUUGGUACACAAUUAAAUUAUGUCUGGGUCAUAUUUCACCAAAAUUAAAAAAUAAAAAAAUAAAUGUGGCAUUAUUUUCAUGAAUAUGAAACACAUUUCCCAUUUAAAUAUUAAAUUACUAAAAUAUGAAGUAAUAAUAAUAUUUUCUUUUUUUUUUAAAUUUGUAAUACUUUUCUAUUACUAAGGAUUUAACCCUUUUAGAUUUUCAAUUAUGAUAUUUUAUCACAUCUGGGUCACAUUUCACACACACACACACACACACACACACACACACACACACACAAAAGGAAAUUAUAUUUUGCAUAUGUAAAAUUCAACCAUUAGGGUUUUUUUUUUUUGCAUUCACAUUAUUUCAUGACAGUUAAGGACAUUCCCCUUUCAAAUUAUAAUCACUAUAAUGUGAAAUAAUAAUUAUUAUUAUUAUUGUGAAAUAUAAAAAAAUACAAUACAAAAAAAAAUAUUAAAUGCUUGUAUUAAUUUUAUGCUCAAUAAAUGUAAAUAAUUUAUUAUUUUAAUUUUAGAGUGAAAUAUUACCCAGACAAAUUUUUAAAGAUUAAUCCAUAAAAAAAUAAAAAUAAAAAAAAGUUGGAUUUUGACCAACAUCUUGUAACUUUGAAAAGAAAAUCUGUUUUAUGUCUCGAUAAAAUGUAAUACAAAACAUUUUGCAUAAAAAAAAUUUAAAAAAAAAAAUGUUUGCAAUUGUUUAAUUGACCAUUACAUGUGUGCAUAUACAGUAAACAUCAGUAUGAUCUCUGAUGGUAAUGUUAUUGUGUUGAAUAACAUUGUGUGAGUGUCAAUAAUCACAUCCAGUGUGAUGCACAGUGAAACAGUCCAAAUGACAAAAAGUGAAAGUUUCUGGACAUUAAGUGGACAGUCUGUCAUUCAUACAAUAUCCCACAGAUACAAUUUCCCAAAUGAUACUUUGUAAGCAUGGAUGGUUAUUGUAUUUCCGUGCCGUUUUGAUUUCAUGCACGAUGUUUGUAUGCUGCUAAAGGCCAUUUGAGUGGAAAGCGUGCUUACACAAUAAUCAAUGUCACAUCACACAGAGUCUGUAAACACUAUGUUGCCUAUUCAGUGUGUGGCAUUUCUCAGGUUGUGUGUCCAAGUUCAAUAAAACUCAAUCAAAUUGU